AUGUCAGGACCAAAAUCUGAUAUCUUCAAUAGGCCAUCGUCCUGUCUAAAACAGUACGAAAAUGAUGAGAUUUUUAGUAUGAUUGGUCGUCGCUGUACGGUAAGUUGUUUCUCGACAGGCCCUGAAGUCUAUAUAAGACUUACAGUCUGUAGUUGUAAAUUGAAUAGGCUUAAUCCUAGAUGUUUUGCCCAAACUUGACUUUGCAUUGCAUCACAUUUGGUUCUUUCAGACUUUAGCUACAUCCGUAGCUCAGCUUUACGUUGCUCCACCUGAUUCUCGAAACAGAUGGAAAAAGAAAUUAACAGGAGUCAUUUGCUUUGUGAAGGACAAUGGAAAGCGUUCGUACUUCCUCCGCAUGUACAACCUUGUGGUAUGUUAGCUGCUCUCGAUGAAAUCCGCACCAAGUAUUUCAUUGUUAUCUUUUGUAAUCGCUCAGCUGAAUGACCAUUUGAUUUUGAUUUGCUGUUCACAUUUGCUUUAGACAAAGACUCUGGAGUGGGAGCAAGAGUUGUACAAUCAGUUUAAAUACGCUUCUCCAAGGCCUUACUUUCACACCUUUGCAUGCGACGUGAGUUUAUAAAGCUGGUAUUUUAUGAUAUUAGACUUAUUUGUUCUAAAAAAAACAUUUUAAAAUGACAUCGAGGUGUGCCAAGUGAAUUAAAAUGUAUCGAUCUAGCUAUCUUAAAUCUGGAAAUUAUGACGUAAGGGGGAUUGACCAUGGGGACAUAUGUGAGUAUAGCAGGACUUGUUGACAUUUGCUGCCAAUGUUUAGUCUGGAUUGGGGUUAUUGGAUCACUUUUGCACUUUUAUUGCAAGAUCCCCAUGGAAAAAUACCCAAGGGAUUUGUAAUCCGCCGUUUUUUUCUUUUAUUUACCCUCGGCAGUAUUUAUAGCACUUAUGCUAGUGGGGCCGAUCAAACGACUGAAACAAGUAAUUCAAAUCAAACGUAACAGGGUCAAGAAUCCCAAUUGGCCAGAGGCAAACCAGCUGGCUAUUUACAAGCAUGGUCAAGGAUUUGAACUCAGGACUACCAUGAACAAAUCCAGCUAGCGUUCAGGCAGGGACUUAAACUCAGCACCUCCAAAUUGCAAGUUCAGCGCUCUAACUGUGCGACCACGCUGCCUCCACACUCAGUAGAGAAGAACUGGGAGAGAGAAUAGACCAAAGCCGACAUGCAGGGUUCUCAAUAGAUUUUUAAGUAGGAGGUGAUCACUGAUAAAGUAGGAGGCUCUUCAGCAAAGCCAGAGGUGUCAAAACAAAGCAAAGAAAAGCGACUUAAACACAAAGUAAGCAGCCAUAAAUCCCAAAGUAAGCGGCGAUCAAUCGCCGGGUGCCGCCUUCUAUUGAGAACCCUGGACAUGUACCAAGAUUGUUUAACCCUUGCCAUUUUUCUAUUUUCAUAUUAGACCAGGGGGCCGUGACACAGCUCCUUAAAAUGUCAUUUUCCUGUACAUGUAAUGUUACUCUAAGGGGGGAAGGGUACUUCAUUAUAGGAGGCUAAUGGGAUGUGCCACUGGAUGGGUCACAUUUUCACAACUGGAUUGACUAUCAUAAGGUCACACAUUUUCCGAUUUUUGGGGGUAAGACAGUUCAUAUUUACGGUUAGCAAACAUUCCAGAAUGUUUGUACUGUAGAAGGAAAGUGAAGUAUUCUUCAUUCAAUCUAAAAAAUGGGUCAAUUCAUUAAAAUAGAAAGUGACUAAGUUGGGAUAGCAAAAAUUACCUAUUUGCCCAAAAGUAACUAAGAUGGGGUCUAUAAUUGGUCACAGAAUAGACUUUAAUGGGUUAGUUUUGUCUUUGUCAUUGUAUAAAAGGUUGUAUUAUUUUCAUUGUCAAAUUUUACUUUUGAUAAUUGCAUAUUUUGCACAAAAAUAAGAGUUAUGACAGAAUGGUCAUACUGAAAGAAGAAUCAGAGCAGUUUAGGUUAUUUACAAGCUCAUAUACUUUGUCCUAGCCUGCGUAGCAGGUGCUUGGAUGUAGUGGGCGCAAGAAAGAAGAGGCACACGAGAGGGAGACACACGAGGGGAGAAGGAGCACCUGCCUGGAAGGCCCAUGAAAAUCAUCUCCCGCCUCCAAUGUAAUUAUCUGGCAGCCACUGCGUGAUCUGUCAAAAAUUUUGACAGAAAACAACUGACCUCACACGAACAAAGCGUGCCGCAAAAAAGCGUUGUACAUUUUAUCCUCGGUCUAAAUAUAUCUGUUAUAAAGAUCAGCUGGGUUAUCUGAUUAUAGAGCUAUGGAAUGAUAAAGUGUCAGUUAACACACAGCUUUAAAUCAUUUUUAACCGGGGCCAUAAUAAAUAGGAAAGAGCAAAGUCAAAAAUGGGUAUCUUUUAAAGAAUGCAUGGUGUGUAAUAUAAAAAGCUAUCAAAUAUUGUUCUAUGAGCUUCCUUGGUUGCAACUGUACAGACACCAACGAACAGAGUGUACAUGGAAAAUGAACAUUGCUUUUACUGCGCGAAGUGGCAACUGUUUUUGGAACAGGCAUGUCUUACUAUGCGAAUGUAAACUUCAGAACACAAACUGUAGCAAGAUGUUUUCUGCUGCAGCAACAAGACAUAAACAACAGACCUGAGGUCGAUACACUAGUGAAAGGUGUUUCAAAUUCAUGCCCCCCAUAAGUGUUUCAUUUCAUCAAUCCUGUCCAAGUUUUGAUGGUAUGCAUUUCAUCGACAACACAAGUCACCAAGUUCUCCUGAGCAAAGAAUAUUUCCUCUGAUCUUCAUUUCAUCGAUUCGACAAAUCGUUUUGUCUCCCACCACUUCUGCUAAUGCGUAUCAGAUGUCAAUUCUUUCCAUCAUGAAUACCGUUUGAACACUCCAUUUUUUCUUUGAGAUUACAGCCACAUAUAUUUUAGUCCCAUUAAACCAGAUUGAAGUGACCUCCGAGACCUGAACUUCUGUUAUACCAUUUGGUAGUAUCAGGAGCUGGUGGUGUAAUAUAAGACCUUCACUACGUUGUCCAUGUACUAUUAAUUGACAGUUUUCUCUCCUAGCGCAGUUACUUUUUCUCUCUGGAGCCUCUCAACCAAUAUUAUUGGAAGUAUCUGCACUCACAGAAUGCAGGUUGAAACAAUUUUCGUGGGCCUUUGGGGUAGGCACUCCCUCUCCCCUCACGUGUCUCCCCAUCGCAGGCCUGUUCUUUCUCGUACCCACUACUUCCAAGCGCCUGCUACGCAGGCUAGGACAUAGUAUAUGGGCUUGUAAAUAACCUAAACUGCUUUGAUUCUUCUUUCAGUAUGACCAUUCUGUUCUGACUCUUAUUUUUGUGGAAAAUAUACACUUAUCAAAAGUAAAAUUUCACAAAGAAUUGAUAUUAUGAUAUGUGCAUAUUUUUUUUUAGACUUAUAAUGCUGGCCUUAAUUUUGCAAAUAUUGAAGAAGCCCAUAACUUUUUCAAUGAGAUACAAAAGAAGCUGAAGGCAAAAGAACAGAGACGACAAGGUGAUGGUUUAAAAUUGAAAAAAAAAACCAUAAAAAAGUAAUAACAGAGAGUAACCACUAAUAGAGAGACCAACCUCCAGACAGCUUAAAUACCUCCCAGAUAAACCACCCCAGCCCCCCCCCCACCCCACCCCAUAAACACAUUACGCAAGUAUGGGAAAUAUACAUGUAAGUGUAUGGAUGCCCAUAUUUGGCUCAAUCCAUGCCCCGCGAAGGAAUAAGCCAAAAUAUCCAAGUUUCGUUCAUUCCUUUGUGGUCCUGUUUUACAUUCUGUUUUUUACUGAUAAGUUUAUGCCAUACAGGCACCAAAGAUUUUUGUAGGGAGUAAUGUAUCAAAUUCUGGAACUAAUAAAAACUUGACUAAUUUGCAGAUAGAAGAAAAGACACUUCAAGGAACAAACAGCAACCACCCCCUCCAGCCCUAGGAGGAAAUGUGGACAUAAACAAAAGAGCUUCUUUACAAAACAGUGGUGAGAUAAUAAUAAAAUUUAUCAAACUCCUCCAUGAGGAGGCCAGUCCAUCCACUUUAAAGUUGUUUUCAGGAAAACAAGCAUAGUGAGCCGGGCCAUGACAUAUUUAGCCCAGAUCCCAAGCCGCCAAAAACAAUGAGCACCUAGCAGGAGACAGAAGAAACAUCCACUGUACUUUUACCUUGAAAUAACAAGAACAACAAACUUUUGCAGACAGAAGUUACAAUUUAUUAUUUUGUGACCACAUGUGUUUCUUCCUAGAGUAGAUAUAAAUAUACUGGUAGAUUCUCCUGUUACCUGUCUGUAUGGAACCAAGGGAUUUAAAUUACCCAAUGCUUCAAGCUCAUAAAAGGUUUUAUGAUUGUGUUUUCUCCAAAGAUAAUUUUAGCAACAUGAGCCACUCACCAUCUCAGACAAGUCUUUCAUCAUUGGAUGCUCCAUCAAUGCAAAGAAAAAAAAGCAAGGAACGUAAAGAGAAUAAGUCCAGCUCUGGCAAUAACAAGAAAGGUGGAAAGAGAAAGCUCACCAAAGAUGACAUUGGAAAACCUGAGAACUUUAAGUAAGUUGUAAUGGUAAACUAAUACUGUUAGUAUGUUCCCGUCAUGAGAUUUAUUUUAAAGCAGGUACUGUAAAUAACAUAUUGGUAAAUAUCAAAUAUUGCUGGCAAAACAUAAUUUUUUUUGCAUUUUCACAGGCAUGUUGGACACAUUGGUUGGGAUCCUCAAGGUGGAUUUGAUGUAAGCAUACCCAUAAUUUUUUAGCAUUUCAUUGCUAUUAAUAUUGUAGUAAUUGCAAGUAAUGUCCAUCUGGAGUCAUUUUCAUUAGAUGAGUACCAGGAUUCACAAUACUAUUUUGUAAUAAAAUCACUAUACCUGGUUCCAUACUGUUAAUGAUAAGCAGAAUAACCAUGACUUUUAAUCAACACCACCCAAAAGGUUUCUGUUACUAACCCAAUUUCUUGGUGGUGGUAUAGUGGUGGAGGUGGUGGUGGUGUUUAUGUAAGGUAAAGGUAAAGGCGCACACGAGCCAAAGGCCGAAACAGCCAGAGCUUAUCCAAUUUUCCGUAGCAUGGAACACCUAGGAGUAUUGCUACCCCCCCUGGAGAGGAUGCAAGUUCAUCCAGGGUUACCCCCAGCAGUAUGUCACCGGUACCCAUUUAUACACCUGGGUGAAGAGGGACAAGGUGUAGUAAAGUUCCUUGUCUAAGGAAACAACACAAUGAGCGAGGCUUGAACCCCGGACCUCCAGAUCCGGAGUUUGAGGUGUUAACCGCUCAGCCACACUUGCCUCCACAAUUAUUUAGGUGUUAAUCCAACACUCAGCUGUGCAACUGAUUUUUUUUAAAACUCAUUCAUGUUUUUAUUGCAGAUUGACAAUGUACAAAUGGAUGACAACUGGAAAAAACUCUUUGAUUUGGUUGGUGUGACUGAUGAACAGAAGCAAACAAAGGAAACCAUGGAGUUCAUUUAUGACUUUGUGGAGAAAAGGGGUGGAAUUGAAAAUGUUACACGGGAAAUAGAGAUGGAGAAAUUCAGGGGCCCUCCAUCAUUGCCUUCUAGAGAUUUAGGUGAUUAUCUCAUAACUGCAUAUAAUGAAAGAGAAACGUUCAGGGUUUGCAAAUUUUAUUGAUGAGUGGAGUUAGUGUGACUUCUGCUUCACAAAUUUUGGAGUCAUUUUGGAAUAUUUGGAGUCAAGUAUCACAACGAAAAAAGCAAUUUUCAGACUUUCCAGCAUGUGGUCCUGGCAUGUACACACUAUCGUGAGGGAUACACGAGGUAGCUGUGGCGGUCCGCUGACCUAGAAAGCUCAAAUCCAUGAUGGCAGUCAUCGAGUAACUUUGAUUGUAAUUUACCCUCUUCCUGUUUUGUCUUGCAGUAUAAUUCUUUAAUUUUGAUGAUUUAAUUAAGGUUUACAACGUUUACGAUCAACGUAAAUUGUAUUUGAUUCAAAAAAGGUAAGGACAAAACUGUGUUUGUUACCGAAAAUUUCUGGAGUCGAAGUGGCUCCCUAUUUGUUACCGAAAAUUUCUGGGAGUCGAAGUGACUCCCUCCAUAACCUCAGUGGAGUCGUCUGAACAAUUUUGGCGUAAAAUACGCCAAAUUUGGCGUAUUUGCGAACCCUGAACGUUACUUGUUAGUAUUUCUUGGCCAGUGUAUGUCAAUGUUUCCAUUUGUCACUGACUUAGUAAAGGCUCUACUAUGCUUGUGUGAUUACUGGCACAUGGAAACUGCCGAUGGUGAAAGAUGAUUUUGUGAGAUAUCUUAUGGUGAUUAAGUAAGGUAAGGUACAACAGGUCACUUUCUAUGGUAAUAUUAUGCCAGCAUUUUCUGUUAGGAUAGUCUACAGCUAGAUAGACUAGUUUUGAUUAACAAAUGCUUGUGUUGAGAAACUUUUUUGACUUUUUGUUUUCAGCACCUCCAGCCCCUUCCAGAGGCCAGUCCCGAGGACCUCCACCUCCCCCUCCCCCUUCACGAGGGGCCCCACCACCACCUCCAGCCAGGAUAGGAGGAGCUCCACCACCACCUCCCCCAUCUCGUGGUGGCCCUCCACCUCCUCCUCCCUCAAGAGGAGCCAUGCCACCUCCUCCCCCUCCCAUGUCUAGAGCACCUCCUCCUCCUCCAGCUGGCGUACCCCCUUCCACCAGCCCCUCCCCCUCCCCCACCAGUUGGUGGAAUGCCUCCACCGCCACCACCCAUGGGCAGAGGUGGUCCCCCACCCCCUCCUCCUGUUGGUGGUGGUCGAGGGGCUCUACUGGACCAGAUUCAUCAAGGAGCCUCACUUAAGAAGGUAACACCUAAUGAAAGGAGGAGUAGCAGCUCUGAUGGAAGGAGUGGCUUGCUUAGUGAUAUCAGAACUGGUGUACAACUCAAGAAGGUAAUAACAAUUUACUACAUUGUAAGCUAAAAAUAUCUCAGACUGACAAACUAAUUAUUAUUUUACUGACUUACUGGCUCUUAGCCAGGCCUGGCUGACUUGCUGACUGACUUUCUAGGAUAGAAGCAAUGUCCUUUGAUAUCCAAGCAAAGGAAUCCUGUGAGUCAGCACAGAAAUUGAAUCCUGAAGAAUAAUUGCAGACUCCUUGAUGUGAUUAUAUAUUUUAAUUUUGCGACUGAAAAUCCUCUCUUGGUACAAUUCAUGCAUUCAAGAUAGCUGCUGGAUACUUACCAAGUUCUUUUUUAUGUUUUCAUGAACCAAGAAAGUUGAGGUCUAUAAAAACCCCAAAAACAAUGAGGCCGAUAUCCAGCCAUCCUGACCAAACAAGCUUGGUCAUUAAAGGAUUUAUUAUAUGGCCAAAAAGAGAACUUUUUCUUGUGGAACCAAUGCAGGAAAUCUCGCGCGGGCAAUGCAAGGCGGCCUCAUCUUGCUUAUUUGGGUAGCUAGUCAGACAGAAAAAGGAUUCACCUCAUCAUGUCUGCUCACAGAUUCAGCCAUGUAAUAAGUAAAAUACAAUACAAAGCCCCCAUGAGGAGUAAGUUGUAACGUGAUUCAUCUGAUCUUGUUAACAGGUAUCAGAAGUGGAUGGUAAUUCAAAGCCUAAGGCUUCUGCCGGUGCUGAUGGUGGGGGUAUAUUAGGUGCUCUUCAAAUGGCAUUGGAAAAUAUCAAGAAAGACACUCACUCCUCAGGUAUUCUUUAUUAUUAAAAUGCAGGGAUCUGCAGGGUUAUCAGACUGAUUACCCUCUAUCCUCCUCUGGUGUUCUGGGCUCCAAUAUAGUAAUGUGCAUAGAUCGUGAUCGCGACCUCCAUACUAUCUGAGAGUCUAACACAAGUUUGUUGCCCUCAAAAUAAAGCACCCGGUAUUUGCAGGUGGAUAGAAAGAAAAUGCUUUAUAAUUGUGCUUCUGCUCUGAACUGUUAGUACUUAAGUACUUUUUACUGUUACUGACAAUUGAAACAGUUGUUCAGACUUCUGUUAAUAGUAAUAGAUUCGAAAGUGAAGAAUGAUCAUCGCAGUAAAGUUUCCAAUUUAAGCAAUUGGAAAGAAGAAGCCUGAAAAAAUCAGGGCUUAAACGGGAUUCGAACCCGUGACCUCCGCGUUACCGGUGCGUUGCUCUACCAACUGAGCUAUGAAGCCACACAUUGGGAGCGAUAUCAAAAAUGAAUUAUUUCAUAUAUACUUCACAUCAUUACACUCCUCACGGGAGAUAUGAACUCAAUAAAUUGACCUCGCUCCCAGUGUGUGGCCUCAUAGCUCAGCUGGUAGAGCAACGCAUCGGUAACGCGGAGGUCACUGGUUCGAAUCCCGUUUAAGCCCUGAUUUUUUCAGGCUUCUUCUUUCCAAUUGCUUAAAUUGGAAAAUUUACUGCGAUGAUCAUUCUUCGCUUUCAUCUACAACCGCAUUUCAAAAAUGAAUUAUUUCAUAUAUACUUCACAUCAUUACACUCCUCACGGGAGAUAUGAACUCAAUAAAUUGACCUCGCUCCCAGUGUGUGGCCUCAUAGCUCAGCUGGUAGAGCAACGCAUCGGUAACGCGGAGGUCACUGGUUCGAAUCCCGUUUAAGCCCUGAUUUUUUCAGGCUUCUUCUUUCCAAUUGCUUAAAUUGGAAAAUUUACUGCGAUGAUCAUUCUUCACUUUCAUCUACAACCGCAUUUCAAAAAUGAAUUAUUUCAUAUAUACUUCAGUAAUAGAUUCCUUUUCAGGUGAGUGUAAUAGUCCGCGUGUUCGUUUUUUGUUUAGUUCAUCUUCGGACAGAUAAGGGUAACGCUAGGCGUCUAUGAAGUAACGUUUGAUUUAAGACGUGGUAUUGUUCAAGAACUGUUGUUAACUUGAACUGUUUUUGUUGAAUAUUUCAGAUAGUGAAAGUGGUGAAAGUGGCUCUGAGUUUGAGGAUGAUGAAGAUGAAUGGAUGGACUAACCUCGUGACAUGUCAUGAAUUUCUGUCCCGUCUUAUUAAACUUAAACUAAUAAGUAGUUUUUCUCAGUGAUCUGGAUACCAGGUGGUCGAGCAAGUCUAAACCACUUCAAGUCGAAUAACUCUCAUUUUAAAUGGUGGUAAAUUAAUUUAAUUUCAAUAAUAUUAAUGUAGCUUCGCCUUCAAGCAAACUGAGGCUCGAUUCUGCAAUCAAAAGCUCUAUUUUCCGUUCCAUUUUGGAACAAAGCAACUGUAUAUUCGUAUCUCACCGAAAGUUGAUCGCUCAGGUUUUUAUGAUUGUAUCUGAUACUGGUCACAGGAACCUUCUUUUCUUAUGGCGAACUGGGUUUGGAUAGUUUUCAGGUUUCGUUGUGCAACUUAACUUUUGAUUUUUCCAGUACAAUUUUUAGGCAUGAAUAACCCUUCUGGGCGUAAUAAAUGUGCGUCAUUUUCAACAUUUGAUGUUUAUUGUCAGUUAAUUCAUUGUUUUGAUGGUCAAUGAUUAUGUGUUAGUUCUUCCGAAAUUAUAAGCGUUCGUAACACAUCGUCUUCGUUUGUGUGCUUCUCAGACGCUCAUGUAUUAUCGUCACGCAAAAAUAAGCGUAGCUGUGUGUUGUUUUGUAAAUCAUAAACGUCGUAAGUGAUGGAACAGUGAUGAAUAAGCUAGAACCCUAAAUCUGAUACCGACUUUCUGAACGGAACACUAUGCUUGCCGGAACAAAUGCACUGUAAGCCGGUAAAUGUAUUAAACUGAUUUUGCGCUUUUUUGUCAUAAGCUAAGUAGU